AUUCAGUGAGAGCAGCCAUUAGAGGACAGCACAGAAACAGAAGCACCUGUAGCUGGCUGAAGAGAAUGCAUUCAAACCUAAGAAUAUACACUAUACCACCAAACAAAGAGAAAGAAAUCUAGGACCUGGCAGAAUCAGCUUCUCAAGAAAACGAAGGAUUUCAGAAGAGAGAAAAUAUUUAUAAAAUAAAAACUAACAAAAAAAACAUCCAUGGCAAACACUGGCCUUCAGCUAAUUGGCUUUACUGGUGCAGUGACAGGAUGGAUAAUGGCUAUAGCGGUCACUGCUUUACCUCAGUGGAGUGUAACAGCAUUCAUCAAUGGUCCCAUCCUGACUUCAGAGAUUGUGUGGGAAGGCAUAUGGAUGACGUGUGUAUACCGAACCACAGGCCAGAUGCAGUGCAAAAUUUUUGACUCUUUGCUGGCCCUCCCACCAAACACACAGGCUUCACGAGCCUUAAUGUGCUUAGCUAUCUUUCUUGGUUUUCUUUCAAUCAUGUUCACCUGUUGUGGCAUGAAGUGCACAACCUGCGCUGUGGAUGACAAGCAGGCAAAAGCUGGUUUUGCACUUACUGGGGGAAUGCUCUUCAUUAGCACUGGAGUCCUCAUCCUUAUUCCCAUCUCUUGGACCGCUCACAACAUCAUCAUUGACUUUUAUAAUAAGAAUACACCACCGGCUUUAAAGAGGGAACUUGGACAGGCCAUCUAUCUAGGUUGGGCCGCAGCUGUUUUGCUAAUUUUGGGAGGUGCCCUCCUUUGUAGCACCUGUCCUCAGACACCUCGUGACUAUAGAAGAGGUUAUGCUAGUAACCUAAUGCACAGCAGAGCUUCAGCACCCCCCAAGUCACCUUCUGGGGGAGGCAUCCCUUUGAAAGAGUAUGUCUAACAGGCAGAAUUCUUGUGGGAAAUAAGAUGUGCUCACUAUAAAAUGUAAUCAAGAAAACAAUAGAAAGA